ACACGGCCUUCCGCUCUAAUGCUAAACCCGCUCCUCUACUUCCGGUGUGUUAGCGUUCUGCGUUCGUCAAUAGUCACUGAAGCCGACAAUAUGGCAGUGUUUUUCACCCGGUCACUUCAGGACUUACCUAGGAUGAAUUUGAACGACGUGAGUCGUAUCAUAGCUCUUAACUCUUCAACAUCGGCGGCGAUGAAGAACAAGGGUUUCAAACUGUAUGUGACGAACUACAUAAACUACGAAACGAUUUCAGACACCCCUAUUGUGGACCGUACCAUUUUUAACCACCGUGGCGCUAGAAGCAACUGAGAUAGAGAACGACUUCAACUUCACAAGAUGUACAAAACGAAAAUACCUGCAAAAAAGAGAGUACGGGUUCCCACCCAGAAAAUGAAGGAACUGCAGAACUCCCCGCCCACCAAUGAGCAACCUGGGUGUUUUGCAUUCGUCAGAUGGGAGGAUGGUUAUACUGGCAAAGUCUUUACAGGAUCUGACAUUUUGGCAAGAGAUGAGGCUCCUGUGCAGCUGCAAGAUCUUAGAUCAGGAGAUCCUGUUUUAGCAAAGUGGUCAGAUGGUAAAUUUUAUAGGGCCAUUGUUGAAUAUAUUUCAAGGGAAGACCAGGCUAAUCCGCCAAAAGGCCGCACAACUCCACAGGGCUUUUUAAGUUUGUUAAAAGGCGAUGAGCCAUCAGACUCAACGUCAGGGUCUGAUACCAUUAUAGUGGAUAGGAGCCAACUGUCUGAGCAUGGCGAGGAAAUCCCAGCGUUGAAUCCAUCAUCUGACGGGGGACAUGCAACAGGCUGCAACACCGCUGGCCCACCACCUUAUGGCUCUACAAAAGGGGGCACCAUUGUUCCAUCGCCCUACGGAGGCAAUACCGUCAGCCCAUCACCGUAUGACCUCAACAACUCUGGUCCACCUCCCUACGGAAGCAAUACACCCAACCCAUCACCGUAUGGCUUCAACACCUCUGGUCCACCUCCUUACGGAAGCAAUACACCCAACCCAUCACCGUAUGGCCUCAACAUCUCUGGUCCACCUCCCUACGGAAGCGAUACACCCAACCCAUCACCGUCUGGCCUCAACACCUCUGGUCCACCUCCUUACGGAAGCAAUACACCCAGCCCAUCACCGUAUGGCCUCAACACCUCUGGUCCACCUCCUUACGGAAGCAAUACACCCAGCCCAUCACCGUAUGGCCUCAACACCUCUGGUCCACCUCCCUACGGAAGCAAUGCACCCAGCCCAUCACCGUCUGACCUCAACACCUCUGGUCCUUCACCCGACAGAGGCCAUGCAGCUCACCUGGCACCAAACAGGAGAGAUGCAUGCAACUCCUCUGACGAGGGCAACAUCCCUGGACAGCAGGAAGAAAAUGCAUGGACACCAUGUGAUAGAUGCAAGGGGGAGGUUGAAAAAAUCCUUCAUGAAAAAAGAAGAAUCAAUGAAGUUAUCUCAAGAAUAGAUCCAGGCCAGGUCAGAGAGCUUCAGACACUACUGGAGCUCAUUGGAGAGAGGCAUCAUGACGGCGCAACAUCUACAUUAGGCCAGCAGGAGCUCUUUCCUGGGAGCGGCAUAUUAAUAUCCUCAUUCCGCCUUGCUGCCUUGCAUCAAGCAUCCAAACCAAACAGCAUGCGUCUCUUUCAUGCACUUUUUGACCAUUUCUUCACUUUGGAGGAAUGUAAAAAUGCAGUCCCCUUUGGCCGACCCGGCAACAACCCCUCAGGAAGAGGAAAACGGGUCCUUGACCGCAAAAAGGUUGACGGAAUCCUAACUUAUGUCCUGAGAUGUGGCACUCUGCCUGGUUGGGAUGAAAUCGAGGAGGCCAAGCUCAAGAAAGCCUUUGUCAACAAAUGUAGGGCCAGAGCAAAUUCUAAGGCUUAGGCCACUGCUGUAGUCUACAGUAUGUGGAGUGUUCUUUCUCACCAUUGUUAAGUUUAGGUUUUGUAGUACGGAGUGUGUUCUUUUUCAUGGACCAGAGGUGUUAAGACCGUACCAAGUUGAGGUUUUGUAGUACAGGUGCUGGUCAUAUAAUUAGAAUAUUGGGGAAAAGUUAUUUUAAUUUCAGUAAUUUUAUUUCAGUGAUUUAAACUCGUAAAUGUGAGACUUGUACAUUAUAUAGAUUCCUUAGACAGGAAGUGAAAUAUUUAUAGCCAUCAUUCAUGUUAAUUUGGAUGAUUAUGGCUUAUAGCUAACAAAAACCCCAAAUUCAGUCAGAAAUUUUCUGACACUUGAUUUGGGGAUUUCUUUAGAUAUAAGCCAUAAUCAUCAAAAUUAUCAUGAAUAAUGGCUAGAAAUAUAUCACUUACUGUCUAAUGAAUCUAUAAUUUUCCAGUUUCCAGUUUUACAUUGAAUAACUGGAAUUAAAAAAAACUUUUCCACAAUAUUCUAAUUACAUGACCAGCACCAGUAUGUGUGUUACUGGUACUGUGUUUCCUUUUCACAUGGUUUCAUGUGUUUGAGCCAAACCCAAGUGUGAUUAUUCCACAUACCUCAGCAGAGCUGGUCAGUUUUCAUUGUUUAUCAUCUGGAAGUGGUAAUUUUGUCUAUAUGCCGGAUUGCUUUAUACAAUGCACCAGUUCACAUGGUGUUUGUUCCAAUUGUGUAAAUGUAUCUGUUUUACUGAACAGAAUAGUUCACCAGAAAUUGUCACCAUCUACUCCCCCCUCCCCCUUUCUGAGUAGAAGUCUUAGGUUUUGAGGAUUAAAAAAAAAAAAAAAAAAACAGUAAGGGGGUGAGUAAAUGAUGACUGACACUUUUGGUUUUGUAUUUAUUUAUUUAUUUAUAUAUAUCAAAUAUGUAUGGUGUACUGAUAUAGAAUUGUACUGUAA